AUGGAUUCUUUCAUGCGACAAUGUCUCAAUCGAGAUAUGUAUCUCAUCAUUGUGACGUCAAGAGAGAAUAUUGCAGAUGAAGUAGUCUAUCUCAAUGGGUGGGGCAAACUAUUGCCUCUUCAAGCCGUCCACGAUGGUAGUGCGUUUGAAGCGCGUGAAGAAAUAGAAAAACCCAGUUGGAAGGCUCUAACUUGGUCAAGUGAUCAACUCAAAAAGGUUGUUUCAAAGCAUGUCAAAGGCAACCGUGGAGACUACGAAUUUCUGCGUGAAGGGAUGACUCCGCUGGCGGCCAUUCGAGCUGCCAAGUUGGACGAUAUGCAGAAGAUUGGAGAAACUUUUGCCGACGUUUUAGAUGAAGAGCUGUAA